AUGACGUCCCAGUCAACACCGAACAAGCAGAACCUUGUGGUCCUGGGUGGUUCCUACGCAGGAGUAUCUACUGCGCACUACCUCCUCAAACAUGUUGUUCCUCAACUUCCCAAUAAAGACAGCUACCAGGUGCUUCUUAUCAGCAAUUCGUCGCAGGCCAUAUGUCGCCCGGCUUGUCCUCGUGCAUUGAUUUCAGACGAUAUGUUCCCCCAGGAUAAGCUGUUUAUCAGCGUGCCACAGCAAUUUCAGCAGUACCCCAAAGGGGAUUUUCAAUUCAUUCAAGGGAAUGUAACCGAACUUCUUCACGGAGAUCGUCGUGUCACUGUGGCCAUCAAAGACGGUGAGACCGAAGAGAUCGAAUACCAUGCAGUUGUCAUCGCCACCGGUGCAUCCACCAAAUCCCCACUUAUGGGAAUCAAUCAGGACUCUGAGUCCUUGCGCGCUAGUUGGAAUGCUUUUCGCGCUGCACUCCCAAACGCCAAACAUAUUGUGAUCGCAGGCGGAGGUCCGACCGGGGUAGAAACCGCUGGCGAAUUAGGCGAAUAUCUCAACGGUCGCGCUGGCUGGUUCGGCCAAAAACUCGAAACUCCCAAGGUUCCCAUUACUUUGGUGACAGCAGACUUCAAAAUUCUUCCAGGGUUGCGUCCUGUGAUUUCGACUAAGGCGGAGAGUUUCUUGGGCAAAGUCGGCGUCACUGUGAUCAAAAAUUCACGCGUCGAAAAUGUCUCUCCGCCUGAUGCUGGGACUGACACGGCCCUAACAGCCAAGACGACAGUGGUAUUGGAAGACGGCAAACAACUUGAAUCUGACCUUUAUAUCCCCGCUAUGGGAACGUUAGCGAAUACCAGCUUCUUGGACAAGUCCCUGUUGACAGCCAAUGGACGCGUAAAUACAAACUCGGAAACCUUGCGUGUCAUCGAUGCAGGGGAGCGUGUCUAUGCCAUUGGCGAUGUGGGAUCGCAUGCACGACCAGCAGUGCACAAUAUCUUGAAUACCGUUCCCAUUCUGUGUGCGAAUAUCAAACGCGAUCUGUCUAUUGCUGCUCAGAUUGACCCUGCUUCCCUUGGAGAGGACCGCUUGUUCAAAGAAGAUACUCGCGAAACCCAGUUGGUACCAAUUGGAAAAAGCAAGGGCGUGGGCGCUUUCAUGGGCUUUCAAAUGCCCAGCUUCAUUGUCUGGGCAAUUAAAGGGCGAGACUAUUGGCUAUGGACCACCGGGGGUCUCUGGAGUGGUAAUCACUGGAGCAAGGCAUCGUGA